GAUAAGUAUCAAAGUGAUAAAGAAUUACAGCGAUUAUUAACCACAAGUCAAGCAGAUUACCAAUUAUUAAAUAAAAAUGACUUCGUUCGUCGGAGUUUUUCCAAAAAAAGCCAAGGCAUAGUGGCUUUAUUGAAUGACUAUGAUUAUCUUCCCCUUUCCCACCCGCAUAACUUUGGGGCCAUUUUGCGAACCGGUGCGGCUUUGGCAAUAGACGGAGUAAUUAUUGCCAGCCGCAACCAAGUUCCCGUUAACAGCACAGUCAUUAAGGUCUCGGCUGGUGGUAUAGCCUACGUGCCAAUUUGCCGGGUAAGCAGUUUGGGGGAAGCGGUUAAUGAACUAAAAAAAAGAGGCUAUAAAAUUGUGGCUACUACCACUCCUAACUCGUUUUCUACUAGUGAAAAAGUGGUGGAGUGUCAUAAAUUCCUAAUUAACUCCCCAACUUGCCUAAUUUUUGGCAACGAACACCACGGGAUAAAAAAAUCUCUUUUGCAAAAAAGUGAUUACUGGCUUUUUAUCCCAGUUAGCAACAAUGUUCCUUCUUUGAAUGUGGCUACUAGUUGCGGAAUUAUUUUGUCUUGGCUAGUUUUUCCUAGGAUUAGUAGUUAUCGCUAA